AUGGGUUACUCUUAUCCAGAUGAAACUCUAAUACAAAUUUUAACAAAUGUCAAUUACAAGAUUUCAUUCUCUUCAUGCAUAAGGUUUAUUAGAUUUCUUAAUCCUCUGUGGACUGACAAACAAACUGAAGAAAGCUACCUCAUCUUCGGGAUGCUCACAUUUCUAUUUGACAAGCAGGUGGCAUGGAUGCAUGUCUCAUGUGAUACCAUAUUAAUAUCUGCAAUUACUUUUACAGUAUCGCUGAAUGGAAGGAUCACAAUUGUGCAACCAAAUGUUACUAUGCAGGAUUCAACAUACAUCUCAACUACUAACCAAACAAACCUCACUGCUGUCAUCCAUGACCCUCAUAACUGGCUAAAAAAGCGAACAAAUAUGAUAACUUACUUCUGGAUCAUUGAUGAUAAUGUCCACGCUUCGUGCUCCACUCCAUCAUUAGUUAUCAACAUCACAGAGCCAGGUCUACAUGAUAUACGAGCAAAUGUUAUUGUUGAUGUUUCUGAUCACAUACUAACCACUACAACUACAACAACAACUACAACAACUACAACUACAACUACAACACCAAAGCCAGACAACCACACAACUACCCCACCACCAACCACAACUACACCUGCGCCUUCCAAUGCCACCACAACUGCGAAGCCGCCAGUGCCAAACCAAAGAAGCUGGAAGUGUGAUGGUUACUGGCCAGAAGGUGGGCAGGCAGGCUAUGAAAGCAGUACCUUUAAGUUAGGGUACUUUCACACACACGUCAAUGCAAGAGAACCUAUUGAUCAAGUGAAUGUAACUGGCAAGAAAUGGCUGAAGCAUGGUGAACUCCUGAAUUUGACUAUACAGUGUACAGGAUCUGGACCCUGGGGCUACUGCCGUAAUGUCCUCCCUGGGACAUAUAAUAUAACUGGCAAUGAGACUUGUGAUGAUCCGCUGAUGACUAAUGACUGCAACUUCGUAAACAUUUAUUACUUCAGAAAAGCAGGAACAUACACAUAUCUUGUGGUCAUCGAAAAUGAGAUCUCUCGUAAAAUACUUCCUUUAGCCAUUAACGUGUACAAUGUGGAUCGCAAACCUCAGCUAUCAUAUAUCAUCGUCCCUGUGUCUUGCAGUCUGGUAGUCAUAAUCAUUAUAGUGUUUGGAGUUGCUUACUUCAUACAAAGCAGAGAGAGGUAUUCAGUGGAAGUAGCAGACUUUGACUUUGGAGCCAGUGAAGAGCCUGAAUAUAAGACUAUGUAUGAGCAGAUUAAAGAGUCUCUUUCUCAAGCUGUGUCAGGCCAAGACUGGGAUGCAGAUGAAGACAACAAGUGGCGGGAUAGAGGGCAUGUGGUUGAGAGGCCUCGGAUUCUUGAAGAAGAAGAUUAAUGUGUAUUAUCUUAUGAGUGCCUUGUAAUCUGAUGGUAAUUGGGCACUGUCCGAUUGGGUGAUAUGAUUGUAUAUACUGUUUUAUAGAAAAAGACUGACUGAUGUACAGAAGCCUAUCAUAAGAUAUAGCAUUUAUAGUAAAUAUGAAUUGUACAUUAUAUUUCAUAUAAAUAUGCAUAUCAAGUGUGUAAAAUUUAGAUAGCUUGUAUGCAGUUAUUGUUAGUCUACAUAACUGUUUCAGUGAUGACGGAUUUUGUAGAUAAUUCUAUCUUAUUAAUAAUUUUUUUUAUUAUUAUUAUUAUUAUUAUUUUUUUUCUUUUUCUUUUUCUUUUUUUUAACAUUCCUUUACCUGUUGGAUCCAGGUGCCUUACUGGUUCAUACAUGGACCAAAAUCUGGGCAUGAGGCUUUCUUAAGGGGUCAGUCUGGAUGUGUUUCUUGUAGGUCGGGCCCACUUGAACACUCAUGCACAGUAUUAAGACUUCUUGCCUCUUUGUAGUUCUUUUUCUACAGAUACAUUUUUGUUGUUUUGUCAUUUUCAAUAUUUGUCCUGUGUUAUGCUUUUCCUUGAGCAUACUGCAAUAACAGUAGAAAUAUAUAACUUGCUUCCCCCCGCUUAUUAUUCAAUUUUCUGUAACAGUGGGCCAGAAUGGGUUCCUGUAGAUGGACAUAGUGUCCUCUCUGGAGAAGGCCCUUUCCCAGACAAGGCUCAUGGGUAGUAUACUACACCCACAUGUACUGGCAUAAAUUGCGAAUGGGCCUAAAUCUCCCUCCAGUUGCUUUGUGUACUCUUGACAAGAAAUUGCUAUCACCUGCCAAUCUGCAACAAUUUACCAUGGUGAGACAUUAAUAUCAGCUUCCCCUUGACCAAUUUUUUUCUCAUGAUGAGGAGUUAUCAUCCCACAACCAAACUUUUUCAUGGCAAGAAGUCCUAGUCACCCGGAUCCAAUGGGUAAAUAUUUUGAUAAAACCUAUUUAAGUUUAGCUUUGAUUACCCAAGAGCUUUUUCUAUGUAAUAUACAAUUCAUUAUAAUUUAAAUUCCAAGUUAUCCUGGUAUUUCUUUCAAGGUAAAGAUUUUCUGAUAAACCUGGGCAUUCACUCAUGACUUGUCACAAUCUCAGACCUUAUGAAAAGAUGUACCCAGAACAGUCAGUAAUAUAAGAGUAUCAUAUUAGAGGUAAUGUUUCCUAUAAUCUAUAGGACUGAUAAUGAAAAAAAAAGUAUUGUCAAGUAAAAGGCAUUUGAAUUUGUCAAAUGCAUGCACAUACAUUAUUUAUGAAAGUUUGUCAGCACUUUGAUCUUGUUUAUGAUUUUAAAUACUUUUCACAGUACUUUGCAUUCAUUAUUAGAGUAAUAUCUUGCCAGGUGAAUAUCUGUACAAAAGUAAAGGUAAUAUGUUAUAUAUAUUGUUUUAUUCAUGUAUUUCAUAAUUGUAAUUUUUACGUUUAAAAACUAUUUGAAUUUCAUUUGUUUGAAAGUUGGUCAUUGCAUAAUUUGUGUAACAUUAAAGCAGUAAAUUCAUUACACUAAAUCUGGAUUUUACACCUUUAUAAGGCAAAUAAUAAUCUGCUUAGUCUUUUAGAGAACAAUGUAAAGGACAUAUAUAACUAUAGACUACAAAAAUUGGGUGAUGUUAGAAUACUACAACUUGUGAAGUGAUUAUCAGUGACUUUCCAUGACUGACAAUGUUAUGAAUACCGGAAAUCAUUAUAGGCAGAAGUGUAUAUAUGAUGUAUUUUAUUGCCUCUUAUUAAAAUCAAUGAUGCAUGUAAUGUAAAUUAUUGAUUUAAGUCUGAAUCUUGCCAUUUCCCCCAAUAUAUGAAGCUGGAAUGAUCAGGCAUUUUAAGAUGCAUCAGUUGUUUUAUUUAACAUUUUUAGAAGUAUUAUAUAAUUUAACACAGAUUUUGAAAUUUAAAUGCAGAAGAAAAAAAUAUUUUUCAGAUAAAGAAUUUGUAAGGACAGAUAUAAUUAGAAAUUAGAAAUUCUUAUGGUUAUCAUUCAUCUGUUGAUGGCAGGAGAGCAUACGUAUGUGAUAUUGUUUUAUUAAUUUUGUUUACAUGGGAGGUUCCAAAGAGUCAGUUGCUGAGUUUACUUGACCUGGUCUAUUUACCUUUUUUUUCCUUGAUACUUUUAUUAUAUCAAGAUUAUUAUAAAAAUAUUGAUAUAGAUAAGGUUGGUGAUAAUAGUUAUAAUAGAAAUAUUUUUUUCUCUGUAAGAAAUCAAGGAAUGGGUUAAAAUGGAUGAGAUUAACAAGGCCUUGUAAAAGACUUUUUGAUGAAAGAUAAGUAGCACCACUUUAGCUUGCUGAACCCAAAAAAUGGAGAUGACGUUUCCCAGGAGUAGUUUUUGUUUUGCUUUUGGUAAUCUUAACAUCAAGCAGAUCACACAAAUAAUUAAUCAGCUUACUAUUUCUGGCCUCUCAUGAAAAGUCCACAUUUGGUGAAGCAUGGUAAUGUCAUUUAGCUUAGCUCCUUGAGUCCUUAGUCUGUAUUGAUAUAUUGUCAAAGUGUUUCCUCAUUAUAUAUUUAUAUAUAUUUUUUGACAGUUGUCCAGUGUGGUGUUGGCUAAUUAAAAGUCAUCUAUAAAAGCAGAAAGAAGUUUGUCUUUUCAAGGCUUAUCACUCGACUUCAAAAAAAAGAAUGGUAAUCACACUUAAAGCCACUUAAAUCUUGGCACAGUAUUCAGCAGUGCUUCAUCUACAAUCUUAUGACAAUAAAUAAAUGAAUAACAAACCUGUGACAUGCAUCUCCUGCAUGUGCUUCCUUGGACGCAUACAUAUUCUUCAUUUGAUCAAAUCCCUUCUUUGCUGAUUCCUACCUUCACCCAUCUUUACCCUUUCCAAUACUAUUCUAUUAUUGUAUGACUGUUCAUGUGUAGCACAUAAUCAUUAACUCGUCCCCCUCCCCCCUUACCCUUUCUGAUAUUAUUCCUUCCUAUAGUGCUACUUGACCUUUGAUGUCUAGCACAUUUAUUUUGCCUUUUAACCAGUAACCAUCUCCUUAAGACAUUGCCAGAGCAAGGCAAGAAGACUUUCAUCAUGUCUACUCUCCUGCACUUACUACUUUAUUAUACAAGAUAUACAUAUUUCAAUUAUCAAUAUAACAUUUCUCUAGUUUUCCUUUCUACAACUGCCUUUACUAGUCUUGCAACUACCUGUUGAUAAAUAAGGUUUGUAGAUAAUGGUUAAGAAUCUUGGGAAAAGACUGAAAUAUAUAGAAACUCUAUUAAUAAUUAUGCUAUAUGAAGGUAAGUAGGUGAGGCUUAACGCAGCUUUCAAUUGGGAUUUUCAGUGAGACUGUGGUGCUACCUACCUUUUUAAGUACCAUUUUGGUUACUAAAUUCUUGUGAAAGCCAUGUCAACAAAGCUUAUUUUGAAAAGGAUUGUGGACAGCAAUGGGUUACAUACACACACAAAUUUCAUAUUGUUAAUCAGAUUGGUAGAAAUUAAUAUUAUUCAACAGUCAUAAUGAACUUGACGACACUGUACAUUACACUGAAGUAGUAAUGCAGUAAUUUGUGCCUAACUUGACAAUUAUAUAUAAUUAGAACACUGGAAUUUUUGGGUACUAAUCUGUUGUAUGCAUUUAAAAAAUUACUCUGAUACACUUUAUUUUAAUUGAUUUGAAAAUAUCUUGUCACAAAUUUAUAUGAAAAAAGUUUUUUUGAUAAAAAGGGUAUGUGUUCCCAAUUUUGCAAUAUCAACAGAUGUAUUGAAUCUGGAGAAUGUGUCUUUCUCAACAAAUAAAGUAUUGAAUUUAA